UAAGAAUUCAUGAAUAUUGCACAAAACAUUGUUUAUUUAUUAUGAGCGACGAGGUAUUUAAGGCAUUGUAUAUUGUUAUUAGAAACAUUUGAACACUUGACUUAAAAACACUUUAUGGAAUUGGUGCGAAGGAAAAUGCCGGAACAUUUAGAACUGCAACACCUCGUGGACCUCUCAGCAGGAAGCGGCGAUGAAAGCAUACCGAAUCUGCUAGAAAACAAGCGCCCGCUAAUCAAACGCUGCCCAUUCUUCGGUUUGAUAUUGGCUACACUCUCAUCCUUAUUCUUCUCUCUAUGUUCUGUGAUUGUAAAGAGUCUUGUGAAUGUAGAUCCUAUACAACUGGCCAUGUGCAGGUUCAUAGGAAUACUCCUACCUACAAUUCCUAUAGUAAUCUUCACAAAUCAGCCUGUAUUUCCGAAAGGUAAGAGAUUAAUGCUUGCUCUACGAUCACUGAUGGGUACAAUUGGUUUAUUAUCCAGUUUUUAUGCAUUCAGGCACAUGCCACUAGCCGAUGCUUCAGUCAUUGUAUUUUCAGUACCUGUCUUUGUCUCAAUAUUCGCUUGUGUACUGUUAAAAGAGCCAUGUGGCAUUUGGAAUAUAAUAUCUAUUGUAUUAACUCUAUUGGGGGUUAUUCUGAUUACCAAUCCCCCCUUUCUAUUUGGAGGAAAUGAGGAGGCUCAUCAGAAUUACCAUUAUAAUACAGUGCGGGGAGCUGUGGCAGCCUUCGGUUCUACAAUUUUUGGCGCCAAUGCUUAUGUAUUGUUGAGAAUACUGAAGGGUCUCCAUUUCUCAGUUAUCAUGACCAAUUUUGGCAUGUAUGCUAUUUUACAAACUUUGUUUUACUCUAUUAUUGCUGGUGUACUGUGUAUGCCAAACUGUGGUACGGAACGGUUCCUGGUUGUUUGUCUUGCAUUGUUCAGUUAUUUAGGGCAGAUACUGCUCACAAUGGCAUUACAAAUGGAGCAAGCAGGUCCGGUGGCUAUAGCCCGCUCUGCGGACAUAGUUUUUGCAUUUCUAUGGCAAAUCAUGUUUUUCAAUGAAAUGCCAAGUAAAGCAUCUGUAAUGGGUGCUGUGUUAGUACUCAGUUCUGUUAUCCUGGUAGGAUUACGGAAGUGGGCCAUGGCUUUACCCGCAGACUCUGAAAUGAGAAGUAAAUUGGGUAUUCUAGCAAAAUAAUUAUAUAUUUUUGAAUCUUGAAUCCAUGAUGUAUAUUAUAUGUAAGUGACUAUAAUGUAACAAAUGUUGUGAAUGCUCAUGUUCAUGUAGGUAUCACAUGUCAUUUUAAAAAUGUUUUACUGCAUUGCACAUUGUUUGAAAUGUUAUUGAAACUGUUUUGCUUGUACUUAAUUAUAAGAUAGAUCAUUAUAUUUUGCAUUUAAAUAGUAUUUUUGCUAAAUUGUUCAAUGCAAAUAUACCCAAAAGUCUCAAACAUUCCAUACAAAUGACAUAACUAUAUUAAUUGUAGUGAACCUAAGUUGCACUUAAGAUGCUUCAGCUCUUAAUGUUAAUUAUAAUCAUUAAUCAUGACCUACUUCCCUGUUAGGCAAAAAUAUCUUUGACCGUAUAUUUGGAACUGCUUGAGUAGCUUUCCAUUGUAAAAGGGUCCUUAAGGGUAAUAAGGACAUAUCGUCACUACUUUUUAAAAACUUGUAUCUUCGUCUGUCAAUGAAAAGAAAAUUGUAGUAAAUAUGUAUGGAAUGCGUAUAGACUUACUGCGUUUUAACUUUGAGGAACAGCGUGAGAUACGAGAUUUUUUAAAAGUAGUGACGAUAUUUACCAUAUUUUCGAAAUUUUAGAUGGAAAGGACCUCAUAGCACUUCAAGUGCCUGACUAUUUUAAAUAUCGUUAUUCAUUAUUAUUUAUUACUGUUAUGUACAGCCAAAUAUCUUAGUUUUUAAAAUGAAAUAUUUUAAUGUGUUGCAGAUGUUACUCUUAUAAAAUGAAUACUAGUGCUACAAAAUUGAUUUGCUAAUAAUAGGGUUAAAUAUAAAUUAUUCAUUAUUCUCAUUAGCUAAAUUUGAUAUAAAAUAAGACCUUUCAUCCUAAAAGACUGUUAAUUAAGUCCAUCGUAACUUGAGUUGUGUCACCUGUCCUAGUCACUUGUUCCUUGUAGAUUUAGUUUUAAAUUUUAGACGUCAGGGGUCACCAAAUGAUGCGUUAAAAGUUAGACUGAGCUAAGCUGGCAACGAUUUUUGUAGCCCAGUCUACGCCAGGGUUGAGUAAACAUCUUAAUUUCAUAGAAGUUUGUCAUUUAAAACAAUUGCUCCCAACUAGCUUGUUAUAAUUCUAUUUAAUGACGCUGCGUUUUAUUGUGACUAAAUGUACCCUCUAAAACGGAACGCGAUUUUUUUUUUAAUCCGGACCCCUGAAGAAAUUAAUUGGUGACCCCUUCUCUAGCCCUUGAUGUACCUGUUCAUAUUUCUUGUUUGUCAAGAUUGACCCAUCCUAGUCAAUAUUUACCUACAUCAUAAGUUAUGUUAAAUCUAUUAGAAUUUAAUUGCAAUUUGCACAUGUUUCUAUUAUGCUGCCGUUUACACUAGUCCUUAACACAUAUCACGCGUUUUUCAUAUUAUAGUAUAGUUCACUAUUCAUUAUCAUUCAUUCUAGGUAGUUCAUAUUUCAUAGACAGUUAAGAAAAGAUAGGCAGGUAUAGAAAAUUAUGUAAAUAUGUCUUCAAAGGAUGACUGCUAUAGUUAUUGGCCACUAAGUACUUAUUAAUUGGCCAUUCUUAAUGAUAAGGCUUCUUUUUGCUACUAAUGUUUUAGAAAAAGCGAAGAGAAUCAAGUAUACAGUACCUAUAGACAAUGUCAGAGUAAAAUGUAAAUCCUUGAGAAAAAGAGGAAGGUAUGGCGGCUCUGGGCUCUUACUCCAUAGUGACAGGAUUAAAAGUUUUAAAACACUUAAACCUCAGUUUUGACAAUUUCCUUGAUCCAAAUAAUUUACUUGAUACAUAAAACGGUAGACAGAGCACAUGAAACUACUGAAGUCACUGCCACUCUUGGCAAUUACUGGGUUGAAAGAAAACGAAAUUGUGAUUCUGAUUUACUUGAUAUCAGUUAAAAUUGACUAAUAUUAAUAUUAGUAGCGCCAUCUAUCCAAGAAUCAACUAAAGGUGUGGCCAUGUGAACCAGAAUAAAGGUUUGUUUAUGGUUC